CCGAACUGAUGAUACAGAGAAGAAAGACUACCAUGCUCAGGGAAAAAAACAAAGACACUGGAACACAAACAAAAGUCAGUCCAGAUCAACACCUGCAACAGCAAAAGAAUGAAAAUAUGAAUCAUCUGUUUCACAAACUCCAUCUUGAAGUCAGACAACUCAAACUAAGAGCUGCAGAUGUUCUUCAGAUAACUGAACAUUCAUUACAGUCUCAUGAGUCUUGUGCUGAAGAGGAGCUUGUUCAGACUUUCAUACAAAAACUACUGAUACAUAACUAUAGGGCAAGAUACCUUAAAACUAAAGUGAACCAUCAACAGGAUCAAACAAUACGCAGUAGCAGUGAUUUGUCUGAAGAUGAGAGUGAUAUUUUUGAUGAUGUUCUUAAAAACAAAGUAUCAAGUCGAUCUGAGCAAAUUCACCCAAUGGAUGUUCAGAUGGCCGUAUUUCAUUGUGCUGAUGGUUUCCUGAGGCAGCUGUUGGUCACUAAACUGUCCCAGUGUCAGUACGCUCUGCCUCUGCUUGUUCCUGAUCCAUUAACACAACAGAUUGAGUUUCCUCUCUGGACAUUCAGACAAAUCAACAAGAGCUGGAAGAUCAGAAACACCAACAAUGAAAUCAUCAGUCAAACUCAGCCAAUCUACAAGGCAGAAACUCCAAUGGUGUUUUUCUUCAGGUUUGGCUCUGUGUCUUCAUCCAAGUCUGAGCUGAUGAACAGUCUGAUCAAUGAGAAACACAACACGUUCUUCCACAGGAACUGCCCAGGCAGCAGCAGAACCAGAGUCCUGAUGGAUGGAGUGGUGGAGAUUGCCUGGUUCUGCCCCUCUGGGAAAAACAUGGAUAAAUUCAAUGACUGUGUUGCAUUCUGUAAUCUACACGGUGAUGCAGGAGACCAUGAGAAACAGCUGCAGAUCCUCACUGAAAUGGCCUCAGUCAAUGUUGUUCUGCUACCACAACUGGACAGGAAUGACAGAAGUGCAGCAAUAAUCCAAAACCUCUACAAGGACAGAAAGCCACUCAUUUGUCUUUUUACUGAGGAUGAAUCUGCUGUAACUGAGAUGAAGAAAGGGAAAUUUAAAAUUGGUCUGAGAGACAGAAAUCAAUCAGAUGUAUCUGAUGAAUUCAGAAUGGUUAUAAAUGAUUGUCUCAAAGAAUCAUCUCACACUUUCAGACUUGAAGAUGUGUCCAAACACUCAGACAUCAGAGUAGAUGAGGAAGAUGUCGAUGACUGCAGGAGAGGAAGAGAAGCAGCACAGCAGAUGAUGAGUUUACUGGAGAAGAAAGAUCUGACAGAAAUCAAAGAAUCAGUUCUGCCUCAUCAGGGGAAACUGUGGCAUCAGUGGAGUCAGAUGAACAAAGAACUACAUCGAUUUCAAGGAAAUGAGAUAGAAAUGGACAUCAUUAGAAAACAAACAGAGAUGAAGAAGAUUCGUAAACAGCAGCAUGAAGCUGACAUCACAGAUUUUAUGAAGUUCUUCAUUAAAGAAAUUAACUCAGAUGCUGAACAUGUGAAGACAUUUUUCAUCAAAUGGCUCAGAAUCAUCCUGGAUGAAUAUACAUCAGCUGACCUUUUUGAUCUACAUCACAAGUAUGAUGAAAAGUGGUCAACAGUCAUGAAAUUGAAAAAGAAUCAUGACAAAUCUGAACAACUCACAGCUGAACAAACUGCACUUCAGAGAAUAUCUGAGGAAUUACAAGCAGCAACCUUUGGUCUGGAGCACAUCAUGAGGGAGAUCAGUCAGAUCUAUGAAUCAUGUUCAUCUGUGCAGAAGGACAAGAAAGAUCUGCAGGUUCACUUCUCUUCUCUCCCGAGUCUUGCAGCAGAGAUGAUGAUCUCUGGAUUUCCACUGGAGCUGAUGGAUGGAGAUGCUGCUAAUGUUCCUGUGGUCUGGAUCUCUGCUGUUCUAGAUGAACUCAUCCAGAAACUGGGAGACCAGAGAGUCUUUGUGCUGUCAGUUUUAGGGCUUCAGAGCUCUGGGAAAUCCACCAUGCUGAAUGCCAUGUUUGGACUCCAGUUUGCCGUCAGUGCUGGCAGGUGCACCAGAGGAGCUUUCAUGCAGCUGGUCAAAGUGUCAGACGAGAUGAAAACACAGAUUAACUUUGGCUAUAUUCUGGUUGUUGAUACUGAGGGGCUUCAUGCUCUUGAACUGGCUGGAAUAUCAACCAGACAUCAUGACAAUGAAUUGGCCACAUUUGUUGUUGGUUUUGCAAAUUUGACC